AUGUCGAUGCUCGACUUGACGGUUGCGAGCCUCAUUGCAAACGCAUUCGGAACGGAGACAAAUCCAUUCUUCGUGGGCUUGGUUUUGAAGAGCUCGACGCUCGUGUGUACUACCGCACAGUUCCCUUCGACUCGCUACUUGGAGGUGCCGAAGACCGUCGUCCUCUCCGACCUCGGCAUUCGCCAGGCCAUCCACCAGAUGCAGAAGAACGCCCGUCUAUAG